AAGAAGGAAGGUCACGUGUCUGGGUCCAUUACACAGCAAGAAGGCGAGCACUCGGCACACGCCCUCCGCUGCCUGGUUUUCUCCCGCCACACUCUCCGUCUUCCUCCUCCCCUAAACGCCAAGCGUAACAGUUAACUAAUUCAAUCCCUUACAUUUUAUAUCUGGAUAUGUAUAAAUCCCCAAUUUUCCUCAGAUUCCUGAGCUAUUUGUCUUCAAAGUUCCCCAAUUUUUCUUGAUCCAAGACUCAAUUUUUUUGUUCCCUGCAUUUCUGUCUGCAGGCUAUAAAGGCUUAUCCAGUUCAUCGAGACGAUCAUGGGUUCGCAGGAUCCUGUGCCGGCAGCUGGCAAGGGUAAUGUUGCAACGGAGGCAUCAGUGCGCAAGGCUUGUCCUGGAAUAAAGAAACAGGGGAAAAUUCCGAAAAGAAUCCACAAGUCUGAGAGGGAGAGAAAGAAGCGUGAGCGUUUUAACGAGCAUUUUUUGGAGCUGGCUGAUGCUCUUGAACUGAAUCAGCAGAACAGUGGAAAGGCCUCCAUACUAAGUGAAGCUACUCGACUGUUGAAGGACUUGUUUGGUCAGAUUGAAUGCUUACAGAAGGAAAAUGCAUCCCUGUUGUCUGAAUCAAAUUAUAUGACCCUUGAGAAGAAUGAGCUGAGAGACGAUAAUUCUGCCUUAGAAACUCAGAUCGAGAAAUUGCAAAGUGAGAUACAAGAGAGGGUGGCACAGUCUAAACCGGAUCUAAAUGCACCACCUUGCACAGAAUUGAGACCAGAAGUUGCCUCCCAUUUUACCGGAAAUUGCAUCGGAUUUCCCACUCAAGAACCCGGCUUGCAGCAACCACCUGCUGUCUUUGUUAUGCCCGUCGGCCCUGAUCUCCAAGCUUAUCCACAGCCGGAUGUCGCCCACCUCACAUCUAACACCACCUCACAUGUGAGCAAACCGCAUGCUAGGUAUCCAACCUCGGUGGAUUCUUGGCCGUCCCAACUUCUCGGUGAGAAACCAACCGCAGGCAACGGGUUUCGACAAAUCCGGGAAAACGACCCUAGUAUAAUGUAAACCUUGUAAUUGAAAUGAUUUAUGUGCAAUGCUUCACCUUUUGUUAGGUUUAAUUGACAAUGCCCUAUAUUUUGUAGUUUGUAUAUUUCAUAAUGUAUGAAGAAAAAGGGACCAUGUCCAUUUUGUAUGAAAAUUUUAUUAUGUUUCAGGGU